AAAUAACAAGGUACAACACCCGAAGCGCAUCAAAACCCUAACAGCUUUCUCCUUCACAAUGCAAUAUAACAACACAUACAACACAGCUCACAACUCGCCAACCCUCCAUCAGCUCAGAAGCUUCUACACACACACAAACCCCUGUUUUAUGCCCGAGAACAGUGACGUAAGCCCUAGCUGCUCGUCUCUGUUCGCAUUCAAGCCUCGCCAAGUUAUCCUUUUACAGCAGCAGCAAAGGCGCGCACCUAUGGCGAAGGCUAAGCCCGAAACCCCGGCCGAACUGAAGCCCGAGGACGAGUCAGUGCUGAUGUCCUCUGUCGCUCGAUGGCUUGAGGAUAAAGGAUUUUCCAAAGUCCUCAAACGCUUCCUCUCAGCAGCUCAAAUUGAGGAUGACACUUGGAAGGCUAGGGCACUUAACUUGAAUGAGAUUUUCUUGAAGUAUCAGGAAUCGUGUAAUAAUGCUCGGGAACAAGCAACGUCCCAGAAGAAGAUAGAAAAACAGACUGAUGUCACAUUAGAGAAAAAUGGGGAUGCAAAUUGUACAGAUUCUGAGCAAGCUGUAAAUAAGAAAAAGAAGAAGAAAAAGGGUAAGGAGGAUGCUGCAUUUGCUGAGACUGGACGAACUUCCGAAGGUACAGUCAUAAAUGAAAAGAUAUAUGAAUCAAAUGAGUCUAAACUGUCUAAGGAAUCCAGUGGUGGGGAAGCUCUUGAAUCAAUUGAGGAUCAAUCAACUAAGAAGCAGAAAGAUAAGAAGAAAAGGAAAAACAAGUCGAUCUCAGAAGCAUUAGAUGCUGAUGAAAAGCAAAUAGAUGUUUUCCCUGAGGUGUUUCAAUCAAACAACCAAGGUUUAUCUAAGAGUUCUGCUGAAGAGGCACUUGAUGAAAAAACCACUAAAGAUAAGAAACCUAAAAAGAAAACAGUUGAGGCUACGGAAAAUGGAGAUAAUGAACCUGAGAAGGCUACGAAGAAGAGAAAAAGGACGGAUCAUGUUGAAAAAGAAAACCAGUAUGGUGAGGAAGUGGCUGUUGAGGAAUCAAAGUCUAAAAAGUCAAAAGGUCUUGAAGCAGACAAAGAUGUUGACUGUGGAGCCAAUGGACAUGCUAAACAAACUGAUGAGAAUGCUAAUGGUGCCGUUAUUGGCAAUAGAGUGGAUAAAUCCAGUCAGAAAAAAUCUGCGAAGAAACAGUGGAACGGAUCUGCUGAGGCUGUUAAUAUUGAAGUAGACAAGUUUGCUGGUCUUUUGCAGCCAAAAGCAGGGAAUGCAUUUCAAAGAGUGAAAAUUGAUGAGGUGGAAUUUGUUGAUGAAAGGCUACAAGAUAACUCAUAUUGGGCCAAGAUAACUACGCACUCUUCGAGAUCUUGCUCCUUCAAACUGAACAACCUCUCUCUAAUGGUUAAGAACUUUGAAAAAUAUCUGCCUGGAGGUUUAGAAGAUGGUGCAGAAACUGGUUAUGGUGCAAAAGCUCAAGAAGUUUUGGGACAAGUCAAAGGAAGGGGAUUCCGGCAUGAGAAAACCAAAAAGAAGCGCGGUAGCUACCGAGGAGGGCAAAUUGACCUGCAAUCCCACUCGAUAAAGUUCAAUUAUUCUGAUGAAGAAUGAGUGCUGUUUUGUCCCCCUUCAUUUGCCAUUAUAUCUCAGACUUUUAUAACUGUUGGUAUAAAAUUUUGAUCCCUAUCAUUGAUAUUUACCCCAAAUUGCCCAGUUGGUUCGUAUUCAAAUGGAAAAACACUAGUCUAUUUAAUUGUACACCAUCUUUAUUCGAUACAUUUGGUUAUAAAUUUUGCUUCCCUCCCUUGUUUCUUUUCCUGUUCUAAAUAUGCCUAUUCGUACUCGUCUUUAAAAAGCUGAAGAAAAAGCUACAUUGCUUGUUAUCUUUAACCUAUUAAUUAAAUGUAAG